GGAAAUGCAGCCACUAGCAAAGAUGGAGAAGAAAGAAGACAAAACUCUUCACGUAGCGAUGUUCCCAUGGCUAGCUAUGGGGCAUCUUCUUCCUUUUCUCAAUAUCUCAAAGUUACUUGCUCAAAAAGGUCACAAAGUCUCCUUCAUAUCAACACCAAGAAACAUCGAUCGACUUCCCAAACUACCACCAAAUCUCUCUUCUUCCAUAACUUUCGUCUCUCUUCCUCUCCCUCCUUUCCCAAACUUACCUCCUUCCUCAGAAUCCUCCAUGGACGUACCAUACAUCAACCAACAGUCUCUCAAAUCCGCCUUCGAUCUUCUCCAGCAACCACUAACAGAGUUUCUCCGACGUUCUUCUCCGGAUUGGAUCACAUAUGACUACGCUUCUCACUGGCUUCCUGCUGUUGCCACAGAGCUCGGAAUCAAGAAAGCUUUCUUUAGCCUCUUUAACGCUUCAGCUCUCUGUUUCAUGGGACCGCCUUCGUCGCUCAUAGAGGAUGCUAGAACUACGCCGGAAGAUUUCACGAUGGUUCCGCCGUGGAUCCCGUUUGAAUCAGAUAUCGUCUUUCGUUAUCAUGAGGUCACAAGGUACGUUCAGAAGACAGAGGAGGAUGUGACCGGAGUCUCUGACUCAGUUCGGUUUGGCUACUCUAUCAGCGAGAGCGAUGCGGUUUUUGUACGUAGCUGUCCGAAAUUUGAACCGGAGUGGUUUGGUUUACUACGAGAUUUGUAUCAAAAACCGGUCUUUCCUACUGGUUUUCUCCCUCCGAUUCCGGAAGAUCAUGAUGACGAUGGUGCUGCUACAUGGGUUUGUAUAAAGGAGUGGCUUGACAAGCAACGAGUUAACUCAGUAGUUUACGUGUCUUUAGGUACUGAAGCGAGUCUUCCUCGAGAGGAACUCGCUGAGCUGGCUCUUGGGUUGGAGAAGUCAAAAGUGCCUUUCUUUUGGGCUCUAAGGAACGAGCCGGCUCGGUCGGGGUCAUUGAUUCCGGACGGAUUCGAGGAACGAGUCGAGGGACAAGGUAUGGUUCAUGUUGGAUGGGUUCCUCAGGUGAAAAUACUGAGGCACGAAUCAGUGGGUGGGUUCUUGACGCAUUGUGGUUGGAACUCGGUGGUGGAAGGGUUAGGUUUCGGACGUGUUCCUAUUUUUCUGCCCGUGUUGAAUGAGCAAGGACUGAAUACGAGGUUGUUACAUGGAAAGGGAAUUGGUAUUGAGGUUCCAAGAAAUGAGAGAGAUGGAUCGUUUGAUUCUGACUCUGUGGCUUGCUCCGUUAGAUUGGCGAUGAUCGAUGAUGCAGGCAAUUCCAAAAGAACAAAUGCAAAGCUGAUGAAAGGUUUGUUUGGGAACAAGGAUGAGAGUAUUCAUUAUGUAGAUGAACUUGUAGAUUAUAUGAGAAGCAAAGGAUCUUCUCACGUAAGUCAUGUUGGAUGAAAUAAUGCUGUUUUUUUUUGUAAUAGCCUGAUUUAUUCGAAUAUUACCAAGUUCAACACCUGUUUUCUUUUAAUGUAC